UUUUUAACAAUUUUUAAUUAAAACUAAUAAAAAUAAGUUGAAAUUUUUCAAAAAUGGAACUAGCUCCUCCACCUUCUAAAGAUGGCACUAAGAAAUCGGUGUUUUUUGAGAAUCCUGAUAUGGAUUACAUGGCACAACAUUUUGUAGGCAAUUUAUACAGAUAUCGUGAAAAUAUUGUGAUACCAAAAGGCAAUGGCCCCAUUCAGAUUAAAACCAACGAAGAGAAAAUGAUUGAAAAGGCGGUGGAAAGUUGUGGCUUUAAAUCGUUUACAGCCUGCGUAAUGGGUUAUGGCCUUGGUGCUGCUAUUGGUUUAUUCAGUGCCUCCGUAAAUCCCAAUAUGGCGGAUCCCUUUGCUAACGAAAAGAAACAAACAGCGCGGGAAAUUUUCAGAGAAAUGCGAUCGACGACACAUGGUUAUGCCAAAAAUUUCGCUUUAAUUGGUUGUGUAUUUUCGGCUGUCGAGUGUGCCAUUGAAAGUGAACGUGGUGUCACUGAUUGGCGUAAUGGUACAUAUGCUGGUGCUGUAACUGGUGGUUUAAUUGGCUUAAGAGCUGGCGUCAAAGCCGGUCUUAUAGGUGCCGCUGGUUUUGCAGCAUUCUCCACAGUUAUUGAUUAUUAUAUGCACAGCAGAUAAAAAUAGUUUAAGUUGUGAAUAAUUUGUAUUUGUAGAGUAAUGUAAUAAUGAUGUGUUGUUGUUAAAGCUGAUUUAAAAAGCCGAAAGACGGAAAAUAAAGAAAUAGGUUAAAACUAA